AGCUGUAAUGCGGGCCCGACAACACAACACACUGCGAAGAGUGCUGAGUUGUUUACAAACUUUGUGUGGUCCAAAUCCCGAGUGAGUUGGGCGUUUUUGGCGUCGUGCGUCGUUUGAAUCGGAGCAGUUUAGCGGUUCGGACUUGAGCGAAGGCCGGUGGCCUCAGGAAGCAACGAUGAGUUUUGAUAAUAGGAAAGACAGGACGGCGUGCAGCAACGAAGACUGCAUCGCCGUCUUGGAAGGGCGCGAGUUCAACUACAAGGUUCGGCAGAAGCAAAUCGCUAUAGGGCGAAACUCGUCGCACGGUGAAGUCGAUAUACCGAUGGGGAAUUCGUCGUUCAUUUCGCGUCGCCACCUCGAGAUCUUCAACGACGGCCAGGACUUCUUCAUGGUAUGCAACGGAAAAAAUGGGGUGUUUGUUGACGGUGUGUUCCAGCGCAAAGCCCCUUCCCCAUUGAAAUUGCCCCAAAAGUGCGUUUUUCGUUUUCCAUCGACGAGUAUCAAGAUAUUAUUCACUUCGUUACUCGACCCGAGUAAUUCCAAUACGUCGACGACAACACCAACAACAACGACAGCCCUAACAGCAUCGGCAGCAGCAGCAGCAGCAGCGACCACAACAACAACGACAUCGGCGGCCACUCUAAUGAGCAGUCCGAUUGUGAUGGCAGCCGAGGACCAUUCACAUGAAGUCGCCCAGGAACAGAUCAUUCAGACUGUUGUUACGGAGCCCGUCGUUGAAGGUAACGUUAUAACCGUUCAUCAAGACGAUCAGGGAGAUAUAAAACCGCUGCGCAUCUCUAUACCGGACCAGUCGCCGUGCCCGUCGCCUACCGGAACUAUCUCGGCGGCUAAUUCGUGUCCGACAUCGCCUCGUUCUGGAAGUUUGAUGGGCUCUGUGCACACGAUUCAUCCGCACUACCGGCAGCCGAACGUCGUCGUGGGAAACCUCGUACAACGUGUCGUGCAAUGCGCGCCCAGCUCGAAUACAGAACGAGCUGUCACCCCGACGGUCGGGAACGACGAACAGAAACCCCCGUACAGUUACGCACAGCUAAUUGUCCAAGCAAUUUCUUCGGCUCCGGACAAGCAGCUGACCCUUAGCGGAAUAUACACGUACAUCACGAAAAAUUAUCCCUAUUAUCGAACAGCGGAUAAGGGCUGGCAGAACUCUAUCCGCCAUAAUCUCUCGCUGAAUCGCUACUUCAUGAAGGUUGCGAGAACCCAGGAAGAACCCGGUAAAGGAUCCUUCUGGCGCAUAGAUCCAGCUUCCGAGGAGAAGCUCGUCGAGCAGGCGUUCAAGCGACGAAGACAACGUGGUAUGCCUUGCUUCCGCGCUGGACCCUACACGACCACGGUCAGAUCCGCGCCGUCAUCGCCCAAUCAUUGCGCAGUCGGCAAUAUGAUCAACGUUAUCACUGAUGCUUCGAUGGACCGAGAGCCUUCGCCGCUCAACUCGAUGGACAUGAUGGGUGUGCAGAACGAAUACGUUAUCGAAGAAGGCCAGGUGACUACGAUGGACGACACUCGUGGUUCAAUCAUCACGCAAGUCGAUCUCCCGCAGCACAUCUACAGCAACGGCAAAACCAUGUACGUCACUACGACCAGCUCGGGCAACAUUGUCAACGUCAACGGUAAAGAAGCGGUUCUGCUCUCGCCAACAUCUGCGGCUACGGCUCAGCUUCAACGAGAGUAUCAUCUGCUCCCCAGUGGAGAAGCCGGCUACGUCGAAGAGGUGGGCGAGUACAUUGAGGGCGAACAAGUCGAGGUUGUUGGUGGGGACUCUGUUGAAGUUGUUGCCGGCGACGAGCAGAUCAUCUACCAAGACCAGGACGGUCAGACCGUGGAGACGGUUGAGAUUGGACAGGACAGCACUUUCCAUAUAGCUGAUGAAGGACAAGGAAAGUUCGGGAUGGUCUCCAAUGUCGAGUCCUUGCAGGCAAACUGAUCCGCGUAACUUGUCUGGCUAAUUUUGCCCUUCGCUCACCGGCUCGCUCGCUCGCUCUUUCUCCCUCCGCUUACCCACUACCCACAUACUCCGCGUUGAGGGGAGGGGGUGCUUGGAGUGAGCCUCUCGCCUGUCUAAUGCAAGGGGCAACCU